UGGACAUCUGCUACCUCACCAACACCAUCCACCCCAUCCUGCAUUUCCUUGCCGACAACCACUCGACGAUCCAAAUCGGCAGGAAUUGCUCUUUGUACCGCCCCGGGUCAUCGCCGUCAUCGGUCCUGGUCCAUCCCCGGCGGCCAUCACGGCGUCUUAUAUUCUGAGUCACUUUUCUUAUCCCGCAGGUCACCUACAGCUCAACCACGGAAGCUCUCAGCAACCCCCAGAUAUUCCCCCGUUGCUUUCCGCACCAUCCCGAGUGCCGAGCAACAGGUGGCGGUCGUGCUGCGGCUGCUGCGUCACUUCGGGUGGAACUGGUUCAUCGUCCUGGCUAGCGAUGCCGAGUACGGCCACCAGAACCUCCAACUGCUGCAGUUCCAUGCCCCCCGAGCCUACGUCGCCCUCCAGGAGACUCUUCCGGCAGAGAAGGGUUCCCCCAGCUCCGUCCAGGAGAGGAUCAGGGGCACGGUGGCCAGGAUCCACAGAAGCACAGCCAAGGUUGUGGUAGUCCUCAGCCUGGAGCUUCCUCUCCUGGCCUUCUUUGAAGAAGCCCUGUGCCACCGGCCGGCUGUGGAUCGCCGUUGAAGCCUGGGCCACUGACCUGUCCAUCGAUGGCCUCCGCAACAUUUCCAGCCUGGGAAGCGUAUUCAGGGUGGCUGUGCAGGAUGUCCAAGGAUGACGUCCAAGUCAGGGGGUUCUCUGAGGCAAGCGGGG